CGGCCCCCCGCGCAAGCGGCGAUGGCGGCGGCGGCGGGAGCUGCAGCGGCGGCGGCCGCCGAGGGGGAGGCCCCCGCUGAGAUGGGGGCGCUGCUGCUGGAGAAGGAAACCAGAGGAGCCACCGAGAGAGCUCAUGGCUCUUUGGGGGACACCCCUCGUAGUGAAGAAACCCUGCCCAAGGCCACCCCCGACUCCCUGGAGCCUGCUGGCCCCUCAUCUCCAGCCUCUGUCACUGUCACUGUUGGUGAUGAGGGGGCUGACACCCCUGUAGGGGCUACACCACUCAUUGGGGAUGAAUCUGAGAAUCUUGAGGGAGAUGGGGACCUCCGUGGGGGCCGGAUCCUGCUGGGCCAUGCCACAAAGUCAUUCCCCUCUUCCCCCAGCAAGGGGGGUUCCUGUCCUAGCCGGGCCAAGAUGUCAAUGACAGGGGCGGGAAAAUCACCUCCAUCUGUCCAGAGUUUGGCUAUGAGGCUACUGAGUAUGCCAGGAGCCCAGGGAGCUGCAGCGGCAGGGUCUGAACCCCCUCCAGCCACCACGAGCCCAGAGGGACAGCCCAAGGUCCACCGAGCCCGCAAAACCAUGUCCAAACCAGGAAAUGGACAGCAUACCAAGACCCCAUCUCUAAAAGAAGUUUAAAAGAAUGUUUCAAAGGCCAGGCCCAGUGACUCACGCCUGUAAUCCCGUACUUUCUGGGGAGGAUCACUUGACACCAGGAGUUCAAGACCAGCCUGGGCAACAUGGCAAGACCUCUUCUCUACCAAAAAAAAAAUUAAGAAGACAUUAGUUAGGCAUUGUGACAUGUGCCUGUAAUCCCAGCUUCCCAGGAAGCUGAGGCAGGAGAAUGGCUUGAGUCCAGUUCGAGGCUGAAGUGAGCCAUAGUCAUGCCACUGCACUCCAUCCUGGCCCCCGGUCCCUGAGAAGCGGCCCCCUGAAGUACAGCAUUUCCGCAUGAGUGAUGAUGUCCACUCACUGGGAAAGGUGACCUCAGAUCUGGCCAAAAGGAGGAAGCUGAACUCAGGAGGUGGCCUGUCGGAGGAGUUAGGUUCUGCCCGGCGUUCAGGAGAAGUGACCCUGACGAAAGGGGACCCUGGGUCCCUGGAGGAGUGGGAGACGGUGGUGGGUGAUGACUUCAGUCUCUACUAUGAUUCCUACUCUGUGGAUGAGCGCGUGGACUCCGACAGCAAGUCUGAAGUUGAAGCUCUAACUGAACAACUAAGUGAAGAGGAGGAGGAGGAAGAGGAGGAAGAAGAAGAAGAGGAAGAGGAGGAGGAAGAGGAAGAAGAAGAGGAAGAUGAGGAGUCAGGGAAUCAGUCAGAUAGGAGUGGUUCCAGUGGCCGGCGCAAGGCCAAGAAGAAAUGGCGAAAAGACAGCCCAUGGGUGAAGCCAUCUCGGAAACGGCGCAAGCGGGAGCCUCCGCGGGCCAAGGAGCCACGAGGAGUGAAUGGUGUGGGCUCCUCAGGCCCCAGUGAGUACAUGGAGGUCCCUCUGGGGUCCCUGGAGCUGCCCAGCGAGGGGACCCUCUCCCCCAACCACGCUGGGGUGUCCAAUGACACAUCUUCGCUGGAGACAGAGCGAGGGUUUGAGGAGUUGCCCUUGUGCAGCUGCCGCAUGGAGGCACCCAAGAUUGACCGCAUCAGCGAGAGGGCGGGGCACAAGUGCAUGGCCACCGAGAGUGUGGACGGAGAGCUGUCAGGCUGCAAUGCCGCCAUCCUCAAGCGGGAGACCAUGAGGCCAUCCAGCCGUGUGGCCCUGAUGGUGCUCUGUGAGACCCACCGCGCCCGCAUGGUCAAACACCACUGCUGCCCGGGCUGCGGCUACUUCUGCACGGCGGGCACCUUCCUGGAGUGCCACCCUGACUUCCGUGUGGCCCACCGCUUCCACAAGGCCUGUGUGUCUCAGCUGAAUGGGAUGGUCUUCUGUCCCCACUGUGGGGAGGAUGCUUCUGAAGCUCAAGAGGUGACCAUCCCCCGGGGUGACGGGGUGACCCCACCGGCCGGCACUGCAGCUCCUGCACCCCCACCCCUGUCCCAGGAUGCCCCUGGGAGAGCAGACACUUCUCAGCCCAGUGCCCGGAUGCGAGGGCAUGGGGAACCCCGGCGCCCGCCCUGCGAUCCCCUGGCUGACACCAUCGACAGCUCAGGGCCCUCCCUGACCCUGCCCAAUGGGGGCUGCCUUUCAGCCGUGGGGCUGCCACUGGGGCCAGGCCGGGAGGCCCUGGAAAAAGCCCUGGUCAUCCAGGAGUCAGAGAGGCGGAAGAAGCUCCGUUUCCACCCUCGGCAGUUGUACCUGUCCGUGAAGCAGGGCGAGCUGCAGAAGGUGAUCCUGAUGCUGUUGGACAACCUGGACCCCAACUUCCAGAGCGACCAGCAGAGCAAGCGCACGCCCCUGCAUGCAGCCGCCCAGAAGGGCUCCGUGGAGAUCUGCCAUGUGCUGCUGCAGGCUGGAGCCAACAUAAAUGCAGUGGACAAACAGCAGCGGACGCCACUGAUGGAGGCCGUGGUGAACAACCACCUGGAGGUAGCCCGUUACAUGGUGCAGCGUGGUGGCUGUGUCUAUAGCAAGGAGGAGGACGGUUCCACCUGCCUCCACCACGCAGCCAAAAUCGGGAACUUGGAGAUGGUCAGCCUGCUGCUGAGCACAGGACAGGUGGACGUCAACGCCCAGGACAGUGGGGGGUGGACGCCCAUCAUCUGGGCUGCAGAGCACAAGCACAUCGAGGUGAUCCGCAUGCUACUGACGCGGGGCGCCGACGUCACCCUCACUGACAAUGUGAGUGAGCGUUUGGUUGAGGAGGAGAACAUCUGCCUGCACUGGGCCUCCUUCACGGGCAGCGCCGCCAUCGCCGAAGUCCUUCUGAAUGCGCGCUGUGACCUCCAUGCUGUCAACUACCAUGGGGACACCCCCCUGCACAUCGCAGCUCGGGAGAGCUACCAUGACUGCGUGCUGUUAUUCCUGUCACGUGGGGCCAACCCUGAGCUGCGGAACAAAGAGGGGGACACAGCAUGGGACCUGACUCCCGAGCGCUCCGACGUGUGGUUUGCGCUUCAACUCAACCGCAAGCUCCGACUUGGGGUGGGAAAUCGGGCCAUCCGCACAGAGAAGAUCAUCUGCCGGGACGUGGCUCGGGGCUAUGAGAACGUGCCCAUUCCCUGUGUCAACGGUGUGGAUGGGGAGCCCUGCCCUGAGGAUUACAAGUACAUCUCGGAGAACUGCGAGACGUCCACCAUGAACAUCGAUCGCAACAUCACUCACCUGCAGCACUGCACGUGUGUGGACGACUGCUCUAGCUCCAACUGCCUGUGCGGCCAGCUCAGCAUCCGGUGCUGGUAUGACAAGGAUGGGCGAUUGCUCCAGGAAUUUAACAAGAUUGAGCCCCCGCUGAUUUUCGAGUGUAACCAGGCGUGCUCAUGCUGGAGAAACUGCAAGAACCGGGUCGUACAGAGUGGCAUCAAGGUGCGGCUACAGCUCUACCGAACAGCCAAGAUGGGCUGGGGGGUCCGCGCCCUGCAGACCAUCCCACAGGGGACCUUCAUCUGCGAAUAUGUCGGGGAGCUGAUCUCUGAUGCUGAGGCUGAUGUGAGAGAGGAUGAUUCUUACCUCUUCGACUUAGACAACAAGGAUGGAGAGGUGUACUGCAUUGAUGCCCGUUACUAUGGCAACAUCAGCCGCUUCAUCAACCACCUGUGUGACCCCAACAUCAUUCCCGUCCGGGUCUUCAUGCUGCACCAAGACCUGCGAUUUCCACGCAUCGCCUUCUUCAGUUCCCGAGACAUCCGGACUGGGGAGGAGCUAGGGUUUGACUAUGGUGACCGCUUCUGGGACAUCAAAAGCAAAUAUUUCACCUGCCAAUGUGGCUCUGAGAAGUGCAAGCACUCAGCCGAAGCCAUUGCCCUGGAGCAGAGCCGUCUGGCCCGCCUGGACCCACACCCUGAGCUGCUGCCCGAGCUCAGCUCCCUGCCCCCUGUCAACACAUGAGAACGGACCACACCCUCUCUCCCCAGCAUGGAUGGCCACAGCUCAGCCGCCUCCUCUGCCACCAGCUGCUCGCAGCCCAUGCCUGGGGGUGCUGCCAUCUUCUCUCCCCACCACCCUUUCACACAUUCCUGACCAGAGAUCCCAGCCAGGCCCUGGAGGUCUGACAGCCCCUCCCUCCCAGAGCUGGUUCCUCCCUGGGAGGGCAACUUCAGGGCUGGCCACCCCCGUGUUCCCCAUCCUCAGUUGAAGCUUGAUGAAUUGAAGUCGGGCCUCUAUGCCAACUGGUUCCUUUUGUUCUCAAUAAAUGUUGGGUUUGGUAAUAAA